AUGUUUGCGAGACAGAUCGUUAGCGGAGGAAAGAUUGCGAGUAAGGCUCGUAUAGGAGCGAUGAGCAUGGUAAGCAGGAGGGGGCUUGUUGGACAGAACGGAGUGGGUGGUUCGCAGCCGAAGUCAUUAUUGAGGAAAGUUGUCGGUACGACCCUGAAAGCGUCAUUAUUUUCUGUAUUGGCAGGCACUUUGUGGGUUUCUUACGAGUUGUACAGGGAGUCUAAUCCCUCCCAGCAGAAACCGCAAAGUUCCACGUUUGAGAAUGGAUCACCUAGAAAGACUUUGGUCAUUCUAGGUUCCGGGUGGGGGUCGAUGUCACUAUUGAAAAAUUUGGACACUACUUUGUACAAUGUUAUCGUUGUGUCACCACGUAAUUACUUUUUGUUUACGCCAUUAUUACCCUCUACACCCGUUGGCACCAUUGAGUUGAAGUCUAUUGUUGAGCCUGUGAGGUCUAUCACGAGGCGAAGACCCGGUAAGGUGGUUUACUACGAAGCCGAGGCUUUGGAUGUUGACCCCAAGGACAAGACAGUCCGGAUCCGGUCAGUUGAGAAGGGCGAGCAUUCUUAUGAGAAAGAAUUGAAAUAUGAUUAUUUGGUUGUAGGUGUGGGCGCGCAGCCCACGACUUUUGGGACUCCUGGUGUUUACGAGCAUGCUUCAUUUUUGAAGGAAAUUCCAGAUGCACAGGAUAUCAGGGUCAAGAUUAUGAACAACAUCGAGAAGGCAGCAACAUUGUCCCCCAACGACGCUGAGCGUAAGCGUUUGUUGUCAUUUGUGGUCGUUGGUGGCGGUCCUACAGGUGUCGAGUUUGCCGCAGAGUUGCAAGACUAUGUUGACCAAGACUUGUCUAAAUGGAUGCCUGAACUAUCUAAGGAAAUCAGUGUGGUUUUAUGCGAGGGCUUGCCUAACAUUUUAAACAUGUUUGAUAAGUCGUUGUGGCAGUAUGCUCAAGAUCUGUUCAAGGAGGAACGUAUUGAUUUGAAACUUAACACAAUGGUUAAGAACGUCAACGCCACUCACAUCACUACGAAGUGCGGUGAUCAGAUCGAAGAGUUGCCAUAUGGUGUACUAGUGUGGGCUACUGGUAACGCUCCUAGAGAAGUUUCUGAAUCCUUGAUGAACAAAUUGGAGGAGCAAAACUCUAGACGUGGCCUGUUAAUCAAUGAUAAGUUGCAACUACUUGGUGCCAAGGACUCUAUAUAUGCUAUUGGUGAUUGUACAUUCUACCCAGGGCUAUUCCCAACCGCACAAGUCGCCCAUCAACAGGGUGAAUACUUAGCUCGCGUGUUCAAAAAGCAAUACAAGAUCGACCAGAUUGCUUGGCAAGCAGAAAACUGUAAAUCUGUCGAAGAAAAGGCUAAAUGGUGUUCCAAGAAGGAUAAGUUGAAAACCCUGGUUGAACCGUUCAAAUACAAUCACCAAGGUGCAUUGGCUUACAUUGGAUCCGACAAGGCCAUCGCAGAUUUGGCUAUCGGUGAGUCCAAGUACAGGCUAGCUGGCUCUUGGACCUUCUUAUUCUGGAAAUCCUCCUAUUUAGUGAUGUGUCUUUCCUUCAGAAAUAGGAUCUUGGUGGCAUUGGACUGGCUGAAGGUCUCAUUUUUGGGCAGAGACUCCUCCGUUUAA